AUGGCCUGGGGACUGCCCAGCACCGCAAGCCUGGCACGCUUCUGCCAGAGGCUGAACCGGCUGAAAACACUGAAGGAGCCCACCACGGAGAGGUUGCCGCAGCGCCGCCUGUCCACACUGCAGCUGACCCUCUUGGGUUUGGGUGCCUUGACGGGCUUUGAACUUUAUGUGCUCACAGGCAUUGUGGCCAGGAAGAUGGCUGGCCCUGCGGUGCUCGUGUCCUUCUGUGUGGCUGCCGCGGCCUCCCUGCUGGCAGUCCUAUGCUAUGUGGAGUUGGCAGCAUGUGUGCCCAGCACAGGCUCUUCCUACCUGUUCACCUAUGUGUCCAUGGGUGAGCUGUGGGCCUUCGUUGUUGGCUGGAACACAAUCUUCCAGUACCUCAUUGCUGGCGUUGCCGGGGCCCGUGCCUGCAGCGGCUACCUGGAUGCCAUCUUCAGCUACCCCAUCCGCAGCUUCAUCGAGGCCCAUGUGGGCAUUUGGCAGGUGCCCUUCCUGGCCCAGUACCUCGACUUCUUGGCUGCUGGCAUUGCACUUUUGGCCUCCGUGUUCAUCUGCUAUGGAGCCCCCCUCUCUUCCUGUCUUGACUACACCUCUUUUGCCAUCAACCUGGUCGUCAUCGUCUUCAUCAUCAUCCUGGGGUUUGUCCUGGCCAACCCGCACAACUGGAGCGCUGAGCAGGGUGGCUUUGCACCCUUCAGUUUCUCUGGGAUCAUGGCUGGUGCCGCCACUUGCUGCUAUGCCUUCGUGGGCUUUGAUGUUGUUGCUGACUCCAGUAAGGAGGCCCGGAACCCAAAGCGAGCCAUGCCUAUGGCCAUCGCCAUCUCUCUUGGUCUGGUAGCUGGAGCCUACAUCCUCGUCUCCACUGUGCUCACCCUCAUGGUACCCUGGCACAGCCUGGACCCUGACUGGGCAUUUGUUGAUGCCUUCUACCAGCGGGGCUAUAGCUGGGCGGCCUUCAUGGUGGAGGCUGCCUCCAUCUGUGCCAUGAUAACUGUCCUGCUCUUCGACCUCUUUUCCUUGCCAAACAUCAUCCAUGCCAUGGCCACCGAUGGGCUCCUCCUCCAGGUGUUUACCUACAUGCACUCCCAGAUACAGGCACCUGUGGUGAGCAUCCUGGUGUUCGGGGCCCUCAUGACUUUCCUGGCUCUGCUGCUGGACCUCGAGGUGCUGGUCCAGUUCCUGUCCAUCAGCACACUGCUGUACUAUAGCUUCAUGGCCAGCAGCACUAUCAUGCUACGCUUCAGAAAGACACCUCCAUCCAGCUCCCUGGCCCCAGGCAGCCCUGUGGGCACUGAGCCUGGGCAGCUGCGACCAGCCCUGAGGCCCUACCUCGGCUUCCUGGGUGGGUGCAGACCUGGAGCUGCUGUGGCUUGGACCCUCGGUGUCCUGGUGGCCUCGGCCAUCACUCUGGACUGUGUGCUGGUCUUCGGGGACUCAGCCCUGCACCUCCCGCCCUGGGGCUACACCCUGCUGCUCCUGCUCAGCUCCGCCACCUUUCUGCUCAGUCUCCUCGUCCUGGGGGCCCACCAGCAGCAGCGCCGGCAGGAUACCUUUCAGGUUCCCGUGACUCCCCUGACACCCGCCCUGAGCAUCCUCCUCGACAUCUUCCUCAUGCUGCACCUGAGUUACCUGACCUGGCUGGGCUUAUUCAUCUGGCUGCUGAUUGGACUCGCGGUGUAUUUUGGCUACGGCAUCUGGCACAGCAAGGAGAACCAGCGGUUGACCAUCCCACAAGGCAACCUGGAGGAGAUGGUGCCAGCCCUGCAGCCCCCCAGCCAGGCACCAGCCCAGGAGCCCAGUCACACGGAGCAGCCGGACAGUCUAUGA